AUGUCGGACCCCAACAAACCAACCCCUCCCUCAACCUCAGGCUCAUCCGCGGUGACAAAGGACUUCUUCGAUUGCUUGUGGAUGGUCCACGGCCGGGGAACUUCUUCAGAGCCUGCUACUCAAUCCCCGGGCUCAGCAAACCCUCCCACUACGGGCAGCACGCCAGAGAGGCGCUCCAAAGACACAUCUACCCCUCAAAUGCAAACCCCACGCCCUCCACGAACAUCCUCGGGCUUGUUUUGUCAGGGUAGCCCGGACCUAGGCAGUCCCACGCCAACAGCAACAACCCAGGCCGCGAAGCUACCCCAAUCCCUAUUCUCGAACUGCGGCGGCAGCGGCCAGCAGGGGAGCUUAUUCUCAGGCAAGCCCGGCACGCCGCGGCGGUUAUUCGACGGAAGCCAGAGGUCAUCCCUAUUCGAUUCAUCUGCAACACCAAACGCCGGAGAACAGCCAUUCAUAGGCUGGGGCGCAGGCCGCAACACGUCGCUCUUCUCGUCGGAUAUCCCGUCGACGCGUACAUCUGCGGGGGAGAGCCCGACGCCGACGGAGUCCCGGCAGGGGUUCAACCACUCUACCUACGGCGCUAAGGUUAUGGAGAACGAUAUCAAGAUGGUGCGGGCGAGGGAGUGGCAGGCCUAUAUCCAGGGUUUGGGGCCACGUCCGCUGAGAGGACCUUAUUAUGGUGAGGAUGAGGAUGGGGAGGGGGAGGAGGAGAAUAAGAAGGAUGAAGAGAAGACGGUUGAGAAGGUGGAUGAGAAGGUGGAUGAAAAUAAGGGAAAGUAG